UUUGGAGCGAGUUGUGCUAAUAUAUUUUUGAUUAAUAAUUUAUCUGCUGAUUGACAUCAUCACUGAUCAUUUGUCGUCAAAAUCGUUUUAAAAGUCUAUAUUUAUCGGUUUUAUCAAACACUUAUUCUGUACUAUAGUAUAGAAAAUUUAAAAUGAAGCUAAAAUACCAUUUGACAAAUAGAAUGGUUUUGAUAGCUCUAUGGCUUCUCGUUCAAAGUCAAUCGAGUGCAUCGUCGUUCAAAAUUACGCGCGGUGAACACGAUAUGGUCUGGUAUGGUAAAAACUAUCGUGAAAUGGUAAAUCGUACAGAUAUACGCACCAUGAACUGUAAUGAUAGUCGUGAAGGUUGCGAGUGUAAUUCGAAGGAUGGUUAUAAUACGGUUAUUUAUAACACAAGCACCAAGUUUGUGAGAUGUGUUAAAGAUGAGGAUAAAGUUAUUGGUAUAAUUGGAAAUGGUACGUAGAUUAGUUUGACAUUUGAUAUCGACACUACUAUAGCUUUAUUAUAUUUACUGUAGUACUGUAUCAGUGAAUCAGUCUAGUAGUGCACUGUUCCUUUUGGAUUUAGAGGUCUAGUAAGGGUCAUUCUUAACUAAUUGGUCCACUAUUACACCUUGUACAUGAAAUGUAUAAUUUUGAUAUUGAACACGUACAAGGAAAAUAACAAGAGACGCUAAGACCAUAUAUUUAAGUUCAGAAUCUAUGUACUUUACUUCUCGAAUUUUGACUGAUUCGUCGAAUUUCGAUUAUUCCUAUAGAAAGGGAAACUUACAAUCUAUCCUGACUAGUAAAAGGUCAUAAUAAUUUUUGGUUUCUAUGACAUCGCAAAUUUGAAGGGCUUUGUCAUACGAUGCACGUCAUAUUUCAUUUAUUUCACAAUCUUGUUUAUUACAAAUAUUCUGGUUAAUAUGAAUAUCAAAUUUAAUCUGAAUUUCAACCUUUUAAAAUAAGAGAGAAAAUAUAUCGCCUACUUUAUAAUUCCAACGCUAACACCAUAUAUAAAAUAUAUAAAAUUUUCUCGUGUCAGAUUUUGGAAGGAAUCUUCCAUGAGUGGAUAUGGAUGUUUGGGAUUCCAGCCAAAUUAAAAAGGAAAGUUUAAAAUAAAACUUCGAGACAGUACUUUUAAUUAGCAUGUCUCAAGUUCUUAGCAUAUUCAUUUGCCAACACCCGGGAAUCACUUCAGACUCGUGAACGAGAUAAAAUGGCAGCUGGAAUUUGCCUAUUUUUCACAAAUAGACAAAUGUGGCAAGUCAUAUUUCAUUUAAGUUUUGUUUAUACCCAAUUCACAACUAACGUCACAACUAACGCUAACGCUUGUUUAUACCAAAUUCACAACAUUAGAUCACCCACAUGCCUAAUUAUUUACACGAGUGAAUAACGCUUGAAUAACUAUACAUUAUUCUAAUUGUUAGUUACCUUUGUUCUAUUUUAUUCUUCUGUAAACUAGAACCAUACUGGUAACUAGGAUUAGGAAGCGAGUUAUCUAAAGUUAGUGACGAUGUAAACAACGUUAGAGCUCGAGCCAAAUUAUAUAUCACUCGUAGUCGAAUGAAUCAGUGGAGUAAAUAAAGAAUAAAUGACAUUUAUGUUUAACUACUAUAUGGUUAAUAGUCCACUGUAAUCGACACAUUGUCAUAUACAAUACGUAAUAUUUCAAAUCCGACUAUGAGGACUGGACAAGAUUUCAAGUCAGCGCAAUUUGAUCACGUGACUGGAUCAAAAUGCGAGCGAUUGAAAUCUCUCUGUUGAAAUCUUGUCCAUUCUGAAUUGGAGGAUUUGAAAUGACAUCUCAUACAGGAAUAAAUCACUACUUAAUUCGUUUUGAUCGAGUCCAAGGACUGAAUUCAUUUUGAUCCAGGCCUAGCUAGGACUAGAUUAGUAUUCUUCAUCAGGUAUCCAGUACUAUCAUGCGAGCAAAAUAAAGCAAUAUGGUUGGCUAAUUCUUAAAUUAUUGAGUUUGAGAUUGACUAAUACUAUACAUUGUUAAUUAAUUAAGGGCCUGUUCGUAUGAGUCCAGCUGACAGGGAAACUUACCCGAAUGAGAUUCAAUUUGUGUUCAUAUGAAAACUUGACGAGCCAUCCCGGCUAGGUGCUGAUCUCACCUUUCGCUAGGAUAAAAUUUUCCAUAUGAAGACUUUAUUCCGCCUGACUGGGAUGAACAUUUUUUUGCCGAUUUGUUUUUUUUUAAUUUUUUCCCUAUGUACAAUUUGACAUACAGUAUAGUAUUAGGUGGCAUUGUUGGAAAAUACGAACAGAAAACAAAGAUUACUGCACCUAAACAGACAUAUUAUAUAGUCGUAUGACAAGGUGCUGUUUGUUAAGCAGCGGUCGCGGAACCGGGGGGCAAUGCCCCCCCCCCCCAACUUUUUUUAAAAGUGAUAAAAGUGUCAUUUUUUCUGGGCUUAAAUGCUCCAUUUAAAGAACGAAAAAAGUAUUUCUUGAAUAAACGCCCUCUUUUUCUGGAAAGAAAAUGCCCUUUUCGCAGUAGUAAAGACUCUGUAAAGGCCAUUUCCGACGUUAUAGAGACUCCAUAUUUUCAAAAAUUUUCGUUCGGCUCGUGAACGUCAUAAAAUCGUUUGAUUUUGGUCAUAUAGGCUACAAAAGUGCCCCUUUUGGUCAAUGCCCCUCCACUUUCGAAAUGCUUCGGCGGCCUCUUUUGCUAAGUGCAACAAAAAAAUCUUUCGAAGACGCCAUGCUUACAUAAUUUCGUCCCACCAAGGCGGAAUAUUCGGAUACUCAGUCCAAGGUAAACAUUAAUAUGCAAAUGACAAGUUUCCCUCGAAGUUUCAUAUCCCAAUAUUCACACGGAACAAGACGAAUUCACACGGGACAAAUGAAAGUAAUGAAACCGGACAAAACCGCAAGAAUUUCUCUGUAAAGUGGAACCAAACGAUCUAUCGUAGGAUUCCGAAUUCGAGCGCUCGAGGCUCUCAAGUGAACGUGGUCUUAGCAGAGCUUAGGUAAGCAACGUAUGCGAUCUCACACACGAACAACCGUUACUAUCACUCGGCAUCUACGACCAUCCAUAACAAUUCGAUUGAUUUCCGAUUGCCAUAUGUAUUGUCAAAAACGUUUUUCUCUAAUCACUUGCAUAGAAUCUCGCACUGAUUGCAGUUUGUCAGAUAAUUCAAUCUUGAUUUACCAUAAACUGACACAAAACAGUUUUCAAUCCAGUUCCCCCUCGGCAAUCUGUCGUCCAUGUUGAUUGAGCUCGCUAUUUGUUCAGUACAGCCGGAAAUUAUUAUUAUUAUUAUAUUAAAGUCUUUAUUGUCUAGAGUCACAACAGACGUGCAACUUUACAAAUGUCAAAUUCCUAAUUAUUACAGUUAAAAAAUUGAUCUAUCCUAAUUAAUUAUAUGAAAGUUAAAAAUAGUUAAAAAGACAUCUAUUCAUGAAGGAUCGUUUAAAUCGUUCCGUUUUAAUUUGAGGUAAAAUAAAGUUAUGUUCCCUUUGUCUUAAAAUCCUUUGUUUACACACAGGAAGCAAUUCAUGUAGGGCAUGUUCUGGAUUCGAUACGAUUUUGCUAAAUAAUUUUCUGUCUCUCUCCUCGAUCACUUCAGAUAUCUUAAUACUCUUUGUCGUAUAUCCAUAACGAUAAGCCCGCCGAAAAAACUUGUCUAUACGAUCCAAAUAUUUCUUUUGGAGUGCAGAGCCCCACACUUCAAUGCAAUAGUAAAAGAGUGACAUGAUUAGCGAAUCGAAUAAUUUGCUUAGCUGAUAAUGUCAUGACCUUCAUUAUUAUAUUCAUAUAUCCAAGUAUUUUGAAUAAUCAAGUUUUGUUAUUGCGAAAUCAAUCCAAGCGAAGGCGGAAUUAGUGUUUCAAAACCUCGUCUGUUUCUUGCUCUCGAUUUGUUUGCUCCACAAUGUGAGAUAAAUCUGGUAAAGAAAGAUCAUUGAUAUCGAAUCUUUAACUAGAAAGUGUCGCGAUGUUUCUGUAAAUUCUGUGACUGGCUGUAAAGAAUGGCUUGUUGCCCGACAAAAGAGAAAUACGGCUACGAAGAUUGUCGAUUUGAAAAAGAUGUCACGAAAACUUUCAUUGUUCGAUAUGUUACAAUGUUCUUAAAGAACCAAGGAUGUGUAGAAAUAACGAACACAUCUUUUGUCUUGCCUGCAUCAGUGAACAUCUAAAGAUGAAUUCUCAAACUUGUCCUGAAUGUAACGAACAUUUGAGCGUCGAUACGCUUCGUCGAGCACCUCGUGUAUUGAAUAAUUAUUUGUCUAAACUAAAGAUAAAUUGUGAUCAUGCAAGUCGGGGAUGUCCUGAGUUUACCUGUCUUGAACAGCUCAAAACUCAUGUGGGGAAUUGUGGCUAUGCGCCUGUGUUGUGUUCAAAUGCAGAGUGUGGUAUGGAGAUUAACAAGCAAGAUAAGGUCCAUCAUGAGACUGAAGUUUGUGAGUAUAGGAAAGUGAAAUGUCAUGACUGUGGGCAGAUACAGGAAGCUGUGGGAAGAGUGGAAGGGAGUUUGGUGGAACUGGAUAGGAAAGUGGAAGCAGCAGUGAAAGAAGUAAAUGAAAAAGUGGAAGCAGCAAGUAGACAAACGAAGAAGGAAAUCGGGGAAGUUAAGAAAGAAGUCAAAGAUAUGAAGGAUAAUCUUUUCAAAGUAAACAAAGACGUGGACGAAGUCAAAGUCAUGAUGACUCAAAUGUUGGAAAAGUUAAAUAUGCUUGAACUGCUGAACAAACUGCCAUCUCCGACUGAGGGAAUGUUGAACACACCAAGAGAAGAUAUUUUGAUUGCAGGUGGAUCUGGAGAGCUCUGCAGAAGUACAGAAAUAUAUUCCUGGGAGAAAAACGGUUGGGUUGAGGUGUCGCCAAUGAAUGAAGACCAUAAAGGAGCAUCAUCACAUAUUUGUAAAGAUAAUUUAUUUGUUGUUGGGGGAGAAAAUAGUAGGACAAUAGAGACCCUGGAUCUGAACGAAUUGCCUUUGAAAUGGACGAAGUGCAAUGGAAAAAUGCCUUGCGUGUGUGAUGAUCAUCAAACUGUUGUUUACCAGGAGCGUGUCAUUCACAUUGGUGGAUUUAUUUAUGGCAAAAACAUUUUUUCGAAUGUGAUUAGUGAAUUGCAACUUACCUCACCUUGCACUAUGAAACAGUUGUGUCAAAUGCCUGAACCACGAGAUCGGCAUGGCGCUGAGGUAUUUGAAGACAAAGUGUUGAUUUUAGGAGGAGUUUACUCCGGUAGAACUUCAGACAGUGUAUUGGAGUUUGAUGCAAAAACGAAAGAAUGCAAAGAGAUGCCAAUUUUACCGUUUGCCCUGAUGAGAAUGGCGACAGUUCGCUGGAGAGAUCAAGUGGUUGUACUUGGAGGUUACAAUAAGGACAGCCACGUUUUGAAUGAUGUUUUCAUGUACAACUCCAAGACAGGCAAGAUCACAGCCUUACCAUCCAUGUUGGAGAACAGAUCUUCCUGUUGUGCAUGUAUUACUGGAAAUACCAUUGUAGUCAUGGGAGGUAUGAACGAGAAAGGUAAAUUUCUCGGUUCAGUCGAGUGUUUUACAAUGGGAAGUUCUACAUGGGAGUAUCUUCCUAACAUGAACAAUGCCAGGUUCAGAGCAGUUGCUGAAGUUUUACCUUCCACAAGAAAAUAUGUCUGAAUAAUAAAUUGGACAUUUAGACAAUACCAUGAUGUUUAUAAACAAGAUGAAAUGUUGUGGUUCUGUAAGAAAGACUUUGUUAAAUCAAAGACGAACACGUACAUCUUCGAAAUUUAUCAUGAUUAAUAAUUAAUGAUUUAUCAUCUUUUUGACCCUCCUCCGCAUGCAACUUGAUUGAAAACGGCAAAAUCGCGCAAUAUUUGAGAACGUCAAACUUUGGGAGCACCAUUUAUCUCUCGUGAUCUUCUGCUACCACAUCUUGCUUUAUAGAAUUAUUGCGUGAUUCUGCCAUUUGCCUCCAUUUGCCAUGGUGAUGACUCAAAGUGAUGGACGACAGGGGGUUUACAAGAUUAUUGAAAAAUUAAACUCAUAGUUCGCUUUAUUGUUAGUGUUAGUGUUAGUGUCAAUGUCAGUGAUGUUAGUGUUAGCGUUGGAAUUAGGGUAAGGUUUUGGGCGUAGGAUACCGCUGAAAUUGUUUCUUACGGACUCAGAAGAACACAUGUUCUUAUUGUGAGCGAACUGAAAAGCAGAGCAUAGAGAAUACAGACGCUUGUUGUUCAUAUUGUUCUUUGAAAUAAAAUCUUUAAUAAAAGUUAUAUAAGUACAUAACAUAGGCUAGGUUUAGGGUUGCUAAAAGUACCUGAAGUUGAUAUUGCCACGUUUUAAAACGAUCUUAAAAACAAGCCGCCAUCUUGAAAACCUCCCUCUCGUCCAUCCCCUUUAUCACCGGUCUGUGGAUUCACCACCGAAGGAGAAAGGCAUGAUCAAUGAUAUUCAUGGUGAACUUCCAGAGUUACAAAACUUGCAUAAAUAAUUUUAGAAAAAAAAAUUAUGACAUUUGGCCUUUGACAAUUAUGGACGGCAUGAUCAAUGAUAUGCAUGAAACGAACUUCUAGAGUUACAAAACAUAAAUAAUUUUAGAAAAAACAUUUAUGACAUUUGGCCUUUGACAAUUAUAUUAAUAGUAAUACAUAGGUGUAAUUAAUUAGUUGAAUUAACAUGAUAAGAAUACUUUUAAUGUGUUAAUGGCUUUGAAGGCACUCUUGUAUCGUAUUUUAUUAUUGCAUUAAUUAAUCUAUUACUUGCUCAGUUAAUUAACUGAUCAAUUCAUUGACCUUGAUUGAAUAUAAAUUUUCAAAAUUGGAAUACAUUACAAACGGCGUGUUUCGGGGUGAAAUAUAAAAAACUACACUAUAUUAUAAAUUACUACAUUAAGCGUUACCUUAUUUUAACUCAUUGAUUAAUUGUUUAAUUAUAACUUUUCAGAUGGAAAGUACAUUACAAACGGCAAUGAAGAAUGUUUGGGAGUGAAAGGACGCAGAAUUGAAGCAGUUCGAUGCAGUAAAAAUGAAAUUUCUCUUCGUUGGUUAUGGAUUGGGAUCGGACAUAUAAUGAAUUUGAAGACACUUAAAUGUUUACAGUGGAACAAUACUUCAAAAGAAUUUACAACAGAACAAUGCAAGUCCGUGGAAGUUACUCAGCAAUGGACCUGGAAGGAUGGACGUGUGAGGUUGAAUAACGGCGCUUUUAAACCUGAACCUCUUUACGUUAACAAUACCAUUAGAAUUAGCUCAUAUCAAGGUAAAUAAUUUUCAAUUUGAGAAUAAUAUUCUUAGCAAUUCCUUCAUAUAGCAAUUCUCUCAUGUACGUAUACAGACUGCUCUUCUAUACCUCCUCAUUAACUAAAGCUGCUGAGAAUUUAAAAAGUUGAAGGAUCAGUCGCUCGCUACUCUGUAAAGCUGCUCAGUCAUGUUUUCGCUCGCUACUCAGUAAAAUAUUCCUCGCAAUCACGCGUUUCGUGUGACACCAAACACAUGAUUGCGUGGAAAAACUCAGCAACUCUAGAGUCAUUCCACUAACGAUCGCCACGACCACGUUGCGACUUGAGAUCACAACUGAUGGUUGGGUGUCGGUGACUACAUUGGGGUGUCGAAACGUUGGGUCAUGAAUGCAAUUCAACCGCAUGGACUUUGCGUUCAUUUAUUAAAACCAGAGUAGCGAGUAAAAACAUGAAUAAUAUUAUACAUGGUUGCCGUGAACUGACAAACUUUAAAUAUUGAAGGAUUUUGCAGAUGGAAGAUUUAUUUAGACCUAUAACCAGGAGCAGCUGCGAAAAAUGCAACUAUUGGACCCUCUGGCAGAAAUCAAACCUGCGAUCAUGACCCUGCUAUUCUGUUGCAUGCAGCACUCUAACCAACUGAUCUACAGAGUCUAGUUAUCGAGGUCUAACCGGGUCUAUAGUCGUUUGUAUAUUUUUCAAGUAGUUGUAUCAUGCACUCUCAUUACUAAUCUCAUGCAUACUAGGUUGUUAUCGCGUGUCCGGGGAUAAGAUGAUAGCUGUGGUAAAAAGGCCAACAAAAUGCAAAGGCAAACAUCAAAGAAACUGCAACAUUGAAAUAUCAAUCAAUGCACCACUUUUCUCCACGCAAUCUCCAAAGUGUAAUAUCCUAUGGGAAAGUUCAACUUAUUCUAUAUUUAAUCAAACAUGGAAACCUUUUCGUUUGAUGAAUCAUGGACUGUUUGACUUGGAUGCUAUUGACGGAGAAACAAUAACUUUAAAAGUAAGUCAUGCUCAACUCUUUUAAUAUUUUCUGUUUGUAAGGUACUAAUGAAUGUGUAUCGGUAUGACUGUGUUUGGUGAGAUCUUGGACAGAACAAUUGAUGCUAUCGCACAAGAUGGCGCGAACAUUAACGAUUCAAACUUGAUCAACUCUCCACUUACGUUAAAAUGUUACGAACAAUAUCUGGUAAUCUACAGUCGAUAUUAUGUUAGGACAUUUAGCAAAGGCAACAAUUAUCGCGACUAUAGUCUCGUCAUAAUUGUACCGAUCAGUAGCCUAAUAAAAAAGAUCGCGGGAGCAUAUGGGAAAGAUCAUCUGUUGCAUUAAAAUCGUGUAGUAACUUAAUUUAAAACAAGCUUGAAUUUCCAUUCUUAAUGUUAAACCUAGCGUUGUUUAUCUUAUAGAUAAUCAACAACAAGAAAUUUUUUGAACGAUGGUCAGGAACUCUCAUAAAACUUGGUACGCAAUGUGGCAACGAAAACAACUGCGUGCUUUUAAAGAUCGAAAGUGCAAGGGAAACUGUGAGUAUUUCAGUGUGCAUUCAUUUUAGCGCAGUUAGUUUUACCAACUUAUUUUAUCCUAAUAACUUACAGCUUUAGUCAUGCAAUAACUUAAGUAUUUUGGUAUCUAUAUAGUAUGACAAUAAUCAAAUAAUACAGUGUUGCAUCUUUAUUUAUAAUUAUGCACUUCACCAUUCAGAACCAUUUCUAUGAAAACUAAAAACUGCAACAGUUACAAUGUUGUAAUUUCAAAUCCUUGGCAACAACGACUGUUUGUGUUUUUAAUUAGUGCAUGUUCGCAUUGGAAAGGCAGCGAUUCUCCUUCCGAUAUAACGUCUAGUGGAGAUCAUUUAUUAUAACAUUCGAACUGCUGAAAGUUUGCUUAUACCUGUUUACCAAGUCGUUUCAUUUUUACAGUAUGAAUUAUCAUUUUAUUUGGUUUAAAGAUAUAUUUGCACAUUAAUUGUGACUUGCACGUCUAGCUGAUGUCAAGGUUUUGCCGAAAGUCAAUGACAAAUAUUGUCAUUUGGUGAUGUCGUCAGAUGACGUCGGCAUUUUCCAAUAACAUUAAAAUCAUCCCGGCAAAUCACAAUGUGUAAAUGCAUGUGCUUCAAUUGAUCUUUCACGCAACGUCUUUAGGAAACACCGAACACAGUUACUACAGCGUCACCGUUUACCACGUCAUCAUCUACGUCAUUCGAGAAAUCAACUUCGUCAACAACUGAAAAAAGCUUACAAAUGUCAUCGAUGUUAUUCACUGUUCCCGUUGUUGUGUUAUUUUGUCUACUCAUUGCAGCGUUUGUUGUCGUGAUCUAUUAUCGCCGGCGACAAAAGAGGUGUGUAUAUUUGAAUUGGUUUGAUUAAUGCAUUUCAUCAAUAAAAGUUUAAAUAGAAAGGUGAACACUCAGUCGAUUAAAUAGAAGGAAAAGUGAUUCAAGUCCCAAUAGUUAUACGUGGCUCUAUUACUUCCAGCAUCUAUUCUUUUAUAAUCGAUCACAGUAAUAUUAAAAAAAAACACUUUCCAUGAAGAAAGCUACAAACAACAACAAAAGUUGUUCCCAACAAUUAAUUUAAGGGCCUGUUCUGAGAGCAUGUCAGUCAAAUGGGAUAUAAAAAUUUUCCAUAUGAAGCCUUUAUCCCAGGGAAGGAUAUUCUUGCCGAUUUUGACCUAUGAUAGUAUUGAAUGGCGCGUGGUUAGAAAAUACAAACAAAAAUAAACAUUAACAGACCUAAAACAGACACUAUUAUAAAGUCGUACGUAUAGUACAAGGUGCAACUUGUUUAAUAAUUACAACAAAAAAUAUUUCGAAGACGCCAUGUUUACAAAACUUGAUGUCGUCCCAUACCGAGGCGAGAUUUAGGUAGGAUAAAAAUAGUCAUAUGAACAUAGAUUUUGCUGGUAAACUGCCUCAGAUGAACAGGCCCUAUUAUUAAAGUCAAUUACAUAACUUAAUGUCAAUUUACUGUUUGUUUAUAUCUAAUGAAAGAGGUUUUCUCAUUUCAGAUUAAAGUCAGAUAAAGACGAUCACUUUUGUGAAGGUAUAUGUGCAUGUACAAAUCAAUUCGUUCUACGUUUGCCGUAGCUGAUAAUGGACUGGAUCACUGGAAUAUAGUAUUAGUAUACUGCAUCCUGAAAAUUCUAUAUUUUUUGAAUUGCCACAAUUUUUUGUUUGAAUUAAUUGCCAAAUCCGAGUGAAUGAUUAAAUGUAUGAACUGAACAUUUAAUUGAUUAUUUAUAAAUUAAUUGAAAUCCGUGGUCGUAUCAAUUAUUACCAAAUAUUUCAUCAAAGCGUUUUCAGUGUCCGCAGAAGAAAAUGUGUCGAAUGUGAAAAUGGAGUACAUACAACCUUAUUAAAGUAAUGAAAGUGUACAUCUUGAUCACCUGACAAUUCGUCACGUAUACAUCUUUAUUUAUUUUUCAGAAACCACAUCAUCCAAUUCAAUGACAGGAUAUGAAGACCCAGCUCAGUUGACAGAAAUGCAAAAACGUACUCCACGUCCAUACGUUCCCCCUGGCAUGAAUAUUAGUAAUCCAUUGGUAGGUUAUGAAGAUCCAGCUCAAAUGCAACAUCUGACUCCACGUCCAUACGAAACCCCAGGCAUGAAUAUUAGUAAUCCGUUGGUGGGUUAUGAAGAUCCAGCUCAGAUGCAACAUCUGACUCCACGUCCAUACGAAACCCCAGGCAUGAAUAUUAGCAAUCCAUUGAUGGACUAUCAAGAUCCGGCUCAAAUGCAACAACUAACUCCGAAUCCAUACGAAAGCCAUGGCGUUAGUAUUCAUGUGGGAAACCACUACGAAUACCCCACGAAUAACCCUUCGCCACAAAAUACCCUCCAAAACCAUCUUAAUAACAACUUUCAAUACGAUUAUGCAACACGCGAGGAGACCUCUUUAUUGCCACUUAUUCGAAAUGGUGAUGUGAUCUUCGAGGAAGAUAUAUCUGAACCUUCAAGGCCGCGCGAGAAACAACACGCCCAUGCGGGUCAAUCUAGCGAGAAACCGUUGUAUCACACGUUGGAGGAAGACGCAUCCGGGACAAUUGAUACAACAUCCGGGUCAGCUAAGUCAUGUGUGAGACGCGACUCUCUCGCGGGACAAUCCAGCGAGAAACCAUUCUAUCACACUUUGGAGAAAGACACGUCCGAUGUAUCAUAUCCACGGGAAGAACUCGAUGCACACGCGAAACACUCGCGGGAACAAUCAUUCUAUCAUACUUUAGAAAAUGACCACCAAGAUACAUAAUACCACAACCAGUCAAUAGUUCAAAACGUAAACAUGCAUUCACGGAAUUAAUUAAGGAACAUAUUGCAACGGACACUAACUUAGAUAGAGUAAGAGCACGUACAGAGCGUUUUUCUCAGUUUAUUACAUGUAAAUACUAUUGAUGUUUCCUAGUCAUUGUAUAGGUUUCAUUUACUAUUUUAUGUUGUUUAUUAGAUAAUUUCAUAUUUGUAAUAGUAUAACUGUAGUUAAUUAAACGUGUAAUUAAAAAAAACUGCAAAGUGUUUUAUUAAACCAUACAUUUAAUUUAAUUUAAUUUAAUGUAAAUAUGAGAGGAAUAUUUAAUGAAUGACAUAUUUGCAGUAGUGGAU